AUGGCAGUUGCAGAAAGAGUGUCUGCAGAAAGAGGAGAGCCACUUGGGGAAACGGUUGGUUAUAAAGUUCGAUUAGAGGGUAUGAAAGGGAAAAAUACCCAUUUGCUCUUCUGUACCAGUGGUAUUUUACUCCGGCGGCUGCUGAGUGACCGGAACUUGAAUGGUAUAACUCAUGUUUUUGUUGAUGAAAUACAUGAGCGAGGAAUGAAUGAAGAUUUCCUACUUAUUGUGUUGAAGGAUCUUCUUCCACGUCGUCGAGAUUUGAGAUUAAUUUUAAUGAGUGCUACUUUGAAUGCUGAGCUUUUCUCCAAUUAUUUUAGCGGGGCACCUAAAAUUCACAUUCCGGGUUUUACGUAUCCAGUCCAGGCACAUUUCCUGGAAGAUGUGUUGGAACUUACUGGAUAUAAGUUAACUUCUUUCAAUCAAAUUGAUGAUUAUGGCCAAGAGAAAAUGUGGAAAAUGCAGAGGCAACUUGCUCCACGGAAAAGGAAAAACCAGAUUACUGCUCUUGUAGAGGAUUGUUGA